UGCGACUCUCGUCCACUCUGUGGCCCUGCUGUUGUGCUGUUAUCUUCUUGACUACUACACGACAAGGGAGUGUGUCCGUAAUCUCAUCUUGCCUGUGGCAGUGCAGAAGGGGGCGGGACAGGGGGACCACCCCCCAGACAGCGAAUUUCUAGGUUCCUGGAGCACUGGCCACCUCGUCUUGCGCUUGUCGCCCCUCUACCAACCCCUCCUCUACCCCCUACCUCCCCCACCCCAAUCACCAGCUCUCGUCUGAUACAAGAGUGCGGAAAGAUUCGGGUGCUAAGAGCUGUAGUGUGCUUAGUCCAGACACGUUGUCGUUGUCAGUCACUCCACAGCGCCUGUCCGGCGGAGGACUGGGCCAUGGUCUCCCAGCGAGUUGUGAAAAAAAUGUUCGUGCUACAGCCUGCAGAAGCUGUCGGUGUUGUUGAGUCAGCUUUGACAUGAACAAAACCACAACGACAACAGUGAGACAUCAGAAAGGUUUCAUCGACACGCAACAUCACAGCCCAAAGAUGGAGGAAUCAGAAGAAAGGACCUCACCUAGCACGGCAGAAGCAAACCACUUCACAGCAGGAGAGACUCUUCACUCGCCACAUCUCCCCGGAGGUUCUGCGCUCUUUCAGGAAGUUAUGGUUGACUUCAAUCCUUCCCCAGAACCCACCUCGCCUUCAGUGAGCCCCAUACUUGCAAGGAGAAGACAUUCAGUGGGGACAAAGCACGUGGACAUCGCUGUGCACCAGGCAGACUGUGACCCCUCUCGUAAGGUCAAGGGUCAGCAGAUUCUGCACGGACUGUGUCACUGCUACAUCGUGGAGAGAGGAGAGGUCACGGGUCUAGCCGACUUCCGCUGUAAUCACCCCCACCCCAAGCACGCGUCCCCCGUGGUCUCCCCUCGCGCACAGCGUAAGACAUCGACUGCCGCCUCGCCAGAUGGCGCCCUGGGGCUACAACAGAAGCGUGACGGACAGCGUCGCACCAGCAUCAGCAUCAUCAUCAGCAGCAGCAGCACCAGCAGCAACACCCAGCACACCACACAACACGCACGCCUUCUGGCGGACGACUUUCGUGGCCGAGCACUGAGCGACGCGUCUGCGCUCAAGCGUCCAGGCAUCAGCGCGUCACUAGCAACGCCAGGUUCCGGUUGUGCGCAGUCGCAGUCUUCUAGUUCCGGUAUCCGUCAUCGACGACAUUCCGCCUGGAGUCGCAGCUCAGCUGACAACGCAACUUCCGAUCCGCGGACUCCUCAGAGGUCGUUGUCCUUCAGGCACGUGGGAUCGGAUCGUUCAUCCAGCAUUUGGAGGGCCGUCGGCAGGUCGGAGUCUUCUUUACGUGCAACACCUGAUGAGCUCGCACAGGCGACAGCUCAACCCUCCGCAGCAGAGCAGGAAGAGGAACUCUCCAGACUCACCGCGGUCUGCCGCAGAAAGUUGUCUUCCCAUGCCGUUCCGUCCGAGGAGCUGCACUACCUGUACGACCAGUUUUUGCCGCACACCUCACCUGGCGCGAGACGCGCGGAAAUAAUGCACAUGGACUGACGUCACACGGUCUUUCUGAAGGUUGUGCCUCGCGUGCUGUAUGCGGAUGCCGGGUACCUUCCUCCUAAGGCAGAUGAGAGGUGUUCAGGUGUUCACUCAUUCUUCACUAGAGAUGUCUGCCAUAGGUCUAUCUUUAUUCAUCCUCAGACCACAAACUUGUAUGACUGGACUGAUGGCAGACAAUUUUUUUUCCAGUUAACUACUAAAACGAGGCUGGUGUCUACAAAGCUUCCGGUUUAGUCACAUUCAUUGUUAAGGCUCGCCGAGACUAACGGCGGAGAACUUGGCAAGAGGCUAAGCGUUGGUCUCGGCACACAGACAGCAGUCCAUCUGUACACGUCCGUGCUCAGACUUUAGCAAAAUGUCUGAGAUAGUAAAAAGGUUUUUGUCGUCA